CUCGCGAUAUUUCUGGGCAAACGGGAGCCCGGGCGACCCGGGCUUCUGUGAAACAUGGCGGUCGGCUGGGACCGUAGCACAAGCAUGACUAUAUGAAAGAAGAAGAAGGUUUUCCUGAAGAUGAGGCGACUGAAUCGGAAAAAAACCUUGAAUUUGGUGAAAGAGUUGGAUGCCUUUCCGAAGGUUCCUGACAGCUAUGUAGAGACUUCAGCCAGUGGGGGUACAGUUUCUCUAAUAGCAUUUACCACUAUGGCUUUAUUAACCAUAAUGGAAUUUUCAGUAUAUCAAGAUACGUGGAUGAAGUAUGAAUAUGAAGUGGACAAGGAUUUUUCUAGCAAAUUGAGAAUCAAUAUAGAUAUUACUGUUGCCAUGAAGUGUCAAUAUGUUGGAGCAGAUGUAUUGGAUUUAGCAGAAACAAUGGUUGCAUCUGCAGAUGGUCUAGUUUAUGAACCAGUAAUAUUUGAUCUUUCACCACAGCAAAAAGAGUGGCAGAGGAUGCUGCAGGUGAUUCAGAGCAGACUGCAAGAAGAACAUUCACUUCAAGAUGUGAUAUUUAAAAGUGCAUUUAAAAGUGCAUCAACAGCCCUUCCGCCAAGGGAAGAUGAUUCAUCGCAGCCCCCUGACGCGUGCAGAAUCCGUGGUCAUCUAUAUGUCAAUAAAGUAGCAGGGAAUUUUCACAUAACUGUGGGCAAGGCAAUUCCACAUCCUCGAGGUCAUGCACAUUUGGCAGCACUUGUCAACCAUGAUUCUUACAACUUUUCUCACAGAAUAGAUCAUUUGUCUUUUGGAGAGCUUGUUCCAGGAAUUAUUAAUCCUUUAGAUGGAACUGAAAAAAUUGCUGUAGAUCACAACCAGAUGUUCCAAUAUUUUAUUACAGUUGUGCCAACAAAACUACACACGUAUAAAAUUUCAGCAGACACCCAUCAGUUUUCUGUGACAGAAAGGGAACGUGUCAUUAACCAUGCUGCAGGCAGCCAUGGAGUCUCUGGGAUAUUUAUGAAAUAUGAUCUCAGUUCUCUUAUGGUGACAGUCACUGAGGAGCAUAUGCCAUUCUGGCAGUUUUUUGUAAGACUCUGUGGAAUUGUUGGAGGAAUCUUCUCAACAACAGGCAUGUUACAUGGAAUUGGAAAAUUUAUUGUUGAAAUAAUUUACUGUCGUUUCAGAGUUGCAUCCUACAAACCCGUCAGUUCUGUCCCCUUUGAGGAUGGCCACACAGACAACCACUUACCUCUUUUAGAAAAUAAUACACAUUAGCACCUCCCAAGGGAAGGAGAAAAACUUUUUGCCUGAGACAUAAAACCUUUUUUAAUAAAUAAAAUAUGUGCAAUAUAUUCAAAGAAAAGAAAAUAUGAACGAGAAGCAGGAAUCACACCUAGGAAAAUACAGAAAAGAAACCCAAACUGAAAUCUAUAUAUGUUGUGUCUGUUACAAAUGUCCUAGAAGAAAUUAUGCAGCUGAUCAGUGAAUAAGCCCAACUGGAGGACUGCUUUGAAGAUGACACCUGAGGUUUUCACAGCAAAUGGGCAGUAUCAAAAUGAGACCUUGCUUUUUGGUGACAAACAUCUUGCCUGAAGAGAAGAAGUCAAACCACAUCUAAAGAAAAAGUCAGUGAUACAAAGUGCAAAUGUUUGCGUCCUUUUGUUUUUAAAAGAUAUGAUGUCAGAAUAAAAUAUGUAAAACAUAUGGAAAACUAGUCUAGACUUUAAAAAGUUGUGAUCAGGUCACAUUGUUAAUAAAGGAAAACAGGGAUGGGUCCCUAUGUUAUAGCCAUAUUAAUGUUAAGCCAUUAUGAUAAGACCAUUUAUCCAAUAAUUUGGUCUUAUGAAGGUAACUGCUUUUCUUUAAACUCUGGCUAUUGACUUUUCUAACUGUUCAGGGCAGGGUCGUGGAAGACUAAGGUGAAUUCCCACAGGGGCAGGUACAAAGGUGCUAUACUGUGUAAUAGGUAUCAUUCACAAAUUGUAUAGUGGGCUCUUAUACAGGGAGAAGAAAGCACAUUUUUUAAAAAGAUACUAAGUUUCCUAAUCUAAUCCUUAUUGGUAUACUUUGGGAGUGGGGUGUGGGGUGAGUAAUAAAAAGAUCCACUACUGAUGAUGAAAAUCAUCAGUUUGUAAACUAUUAAGAGGAAAAAUAGAAUAUUUUAUAUGUGUUGUGGUGAGUGGGCAACAGGGUAACUUUAAGUAAAAUGGAAGCGUGAGGCAAAUAUUUAAGUGAAACAAGAUAAUGUCAGAUCUGAGGGAUUCUUAUACUAAUCAAUGUCCGUUAAACUGUAAAACUGGAUUAUGAAAGCAGUAUCUGCAUUCAGAGUGUGCUGAGUGUGAUUGAUUCUGUAUUAGAUUGUGUUGUUCUAACUUUCUUACUAUCUAAGGGUUGAUUUUAAAUUUCCAGACUAUAAAAGAUUAAAAGUAAUGAGAGAGAGAUAUCGCUCCGGUGCCAUUAAAAUCUAUAUUUGGAAUAAG